AUGGGGAAAGUUGGAAAGGAGGUCGCCGGCCAAGUCCUCAGCUUCAUCGGCCUGGUUGGGGUGUCUGUGACCUGCGGGGCGCCGAUGUGGAGGGUGACUACUUACAUCGGAGCCAACAUUGUGACGGGGCAGAUCGUGUGGGACGGCCUGUGGAUGAACUGUGUGAUGCAAAGUACUGGACAGAUGCAGUGCAAGCUCAACGAAUCUUUGAUGAGAAUGAGCAGAGACCUCCAAGCAGCACGAGCCCUCAUAAUCAUCUCCUUGGUGGUCGGAUUCGUCGGAUUCAUGAUUUCGUUCAUCGGGGCCAAAUGUACGAGCUGUUUGAAGAAGGAGGCGUCCAUGGCCAAUGUUGUCAUAAUUUCUGGCUGCCUUAUUAUCUUGGCUGCCAUUUUGGACUUGAUUCCGGUGUGCUGGUCAGCCGCCAUCACCAUCACGGACUUUCAAAAUCCACUGACCAUAGAAACACAGAAGAGGGAGAUAGGAGCAUCUAUUUACAUUGGCUGGGCAUCUGCGGCUCUUCUCCUCAUUGGGGGAAUAAUCCUCACAACUUCCUGCCCUCCUCAAAGGCCGGUUUAUGGCUAUCCAGGUUACCCACCAAAGCCUCCAAUAUACCCAUAUUCAGGACCACCAAGCCAGGGUGGGUAUAGGCCAGGCUACACCCCUGUGAGCCAACCAUACAGUGGUUCUUUUGUGGCUGCUAAGCCCUAUGUGGCCCCUUCAGCCCACUACUACAGCUAG